UGCUUUUCGGUUUAUUAACUUUUUAAUCUGGAGGAAUAUAUCAAAACUAAAACAACUUAUGUACGCGUGACGCGAAACCAGACCAUCCCUGGUUGGCUGACAGUCAGUUGCACUCGCGCUCGGUUUACAUCUGGCAGUGGCAUUCUGCAUAUCUGGUCAGGUCUGCGUCUGUUGUGUGCAGAGAGCUGUAUACAUUCAAGUUGUUCAGAGUUGUCAGCUCUUCCGUUGUAUCGAAGUCAUUCUUGCCAUUCGUUCAUCUUGUGGCUGCAAUUAUUCUUUUCGAGUAUACAUCAUCAUCAAUAGCAAAUUGUGCAUUGAAGCGAUGUUCGCGAUGGUUGUCUUGACAUAGAUGCGCCUGGCGAGUGCGCGCGCCAUUGUUUUGCUUUUGGUGAAGGAAGACCUUGCCUGUCUACACGACGUUCUAAACAAUUUAUUGAACCUAGACCCUCGGAGUCUUGGGUAAAUAGUGGCUGAGUCAACAGGCUCAAGAGACUGAGAUGGAAAGCUCUGAAGAGCCAACAAGUCUACAAUCAAUAUGUCAUCUACGUGCCUCUGAGCUCUUUCCAAAGUCUGUAAACUUUGAAUGUGAAGAUUCAACACUUUCAGUACCUUUUGUACUUUUGAGUGGAGAAUAUAUUGUUGCUCUGGGUCGUACCUCGGAUGGAGUCUUGGCAUUGUCAAACUAUAGAUUGUACCUGCAAUGUGGCCAAGGAUGUUACAAUGUACCAUUGGGUUUAAUAGAACACUUGGAAGUGAAAGAAAUCUUCUAUUUACACAUUGGCUGUAAAGAUGCUCGAUCGAUUAGCUGUGCUUUUUCCACCAAUGAACAAUCCUGGGAGUGGUACAAACGCCUCCACAAAGUCACCUUUCCAAAAAGAAGUAUUGAGGAUAUGUUUGCCUUUGCGUAUUAUGCAUGGUCUAUGGAAGAAGGCAAAGAUUACCCCAGGCUAGGAAAAGAUAGCAAUUCUUACCUCACAUCUUUCAAUGCUGAAGUGGAGCGAUUAAAGUUCAAUUUGCAUGGGAGUUGGCGUAUUAGUCAAAUAAACAAAGAUUACCAAAUGUGCCCAUCCUAUCCACCUCAAUUACUUGUACCCGCGUGUAUUACAGAUAAAAUCCUCGAGGCUGGUGCCAAUUUUCGAAGCUCCAGGCGGAUUCCCGCCAUAGUAUGGAGGCAUGUUAAAAAUGGAGCUGUGAUCGCACGGAGUAGUCAGCCGAUGGUUGGCUGGCUUGGUUGGCGUAGCCCAGAGGACGAAGAUUUACUGAAAGCUCUAUCGGAUGCGUGUUCCUAUGACAGAGGUGAAUCGACAAUGAUCGACUCGCCAGUCAAUGAUUCCGAGCCACCUGGCGAUGAACCCAUUACUCCUGCUACUACCAAGAAAGUCAUGAUCGUUGAUGCAAGAAACUACACUACAGCAAUCGCCAAUAGAGCGCGAGGUGGCGGCUGCGAGUAUGCAGGGUAUUACCCAAGUUGCGACAUACAGUUCAUGAACCUGCCCAAUAUACACUCCAUACGCAAAAGCUUUCACGCUGUUAGACAACUUUGCGCCUCCGACGCUGAUCAGAGCAAUUGGUUGAGCUUGUUAGAAGGCACUAGGUGGUUUCAGCAUAUGUCAGGUUUGCUUAGAGCAGCUGUAACCGUCGCCUCAGCGGUGGAACGAGACGGAAGGCCAGUAUUAGUUCAUUGUAGUGAUGGUUGGGACAGAACACCACAAAUCGUCGCCCUCGCCCAAAUCUUGCUCGAUCCUUAUUAUCGGACAAUGGAAGGAUUCCAAGUAUUGUGCGAACGCGAAUGGCUCGAUUUUGGUCACAAAUUUGCAGAUCGAUGUGGUCAUACUGUGGAAUGCGAGGAUCCUAAUGAGAGAUGUCCCGUAUUUCUGCAAUGGCUUGACUGUGUGCAUCAAUUAACAAAGCAAUUCAAAUGCGCUUUCCAGAUGUCAUCUGCAUAUCUCGUAAAAUUAGCUCAACAUACGUACUCUCAAUUGUUCGGCACAUUUCUCUGUAAUACCAGGCAAGAAAGGCUACAAUUGAGGAUACGCGAGAGAUCUUUUUCUGUUUGGCGUUUCCUCAAUUCCACUUCUUUUGUUAAUCACCUGUAUUCUCCGUCAAAAGAUAAAGUAUUAUGGCCUAGUUGCAAUGUAAGAGAUCUGAAGCUAUGGUCAGAAGUGUAUCUAGGUUCGAUGGAAACUCCUUUAGGUAUCAACGAUAUCAAACCUGUAAUCGACAUCGAGACUAGUGAAAACGAGAAGCCGCAAGGACAAAUGACAAAAACGCGAUCUUACGGUGAUCUCAUUCAAGCUCAAGACCAUCCAACACACUUACAUCGCAGGCUAAGUGAUCCAAGCAUUUCUAUAGAGAAGAAAUUUGACUCAUUAACUAUAGAAAAUGGACCCGAGAAAGUAGAGACUUAUAAUGAUAGUGAUAAACCUCACAUGGUUAGUGAAAAUAAUGAGACUGAAGAAAAAAAGAGUUUACCAAAUGGAGACGUGUCUAUCGAGAUGCAUGCAAAUACCUCGGGAGAUAGCUCUACCGAUACCUUAGUACCUAAUAGUGAUGUAACUGUGGGGAAACAUGACGCCGAAAAAGAUUCAUCAUCAAUAAAACUUCCCGUACAAGAACCUGAUUCAAACUUUAUUGAAACGACCAAUAUCGACAGUCAUGUAAAGCACGUUGAAACAAACGACAUGAGCGAUAUGAAUAUCCCACCAACAUCUCAAAUACCAAGUAGUAAUUGUUCGGCAUCACCGAUUCACCAGGAUCUAGAUAAUUUAGACAGACUUGAUGACGUCGAUGGUCUCCCAGUCAUACACUGUGACGUUCAAACGCGAGUACAACAAAUAAUUGUCGAAUAUAAGACAAAAGAAGAAGCACUAAAAAAGGAACUGUACACAACAAGAAUGGCAUUGCUUAGGCAAGUUUGCAAUCAUACCGUGGAUACUGAUAGGGUAGAUGAAAUCGGUUCAUUGCCAGAUUCGGUAGGAAGUGCAGCUGAUCACGGCGGCGAGUCUUUACCUUCAGACAUGUCUUGGGAAGCAGUGGAGGAGCCUGGACCUGCUCCAACUUUAUGGGUACCUGAUCACGCAGUAAAUCAAUGUCAAGGGUGCAACAUAGUGUUUUGGCUUGGUAGGCGUAAACAUCACUGCAGAAGUUGCGGCAAAAUAUUUUGCGCAGACUGUUCAGAGAACUGGACGCCAUUACCCAACGAGCAACUUUACAAUCCAGUGCGAGUAUGUAGCGAUUGCUUUUCUCGACGUGAACUUGAGCCCGCCUUAACAUGUCAUCGUGCAGCCAACUGUAAGAAACCAGACGAGGACGAUGACUGUGAAUCUGUGCCCUUCCAGAUUGUCCAAGCGAAGCAGCAACCACCAAUCGUCGAACCAAGCAGAGCCAAUUGAAUUUAUUUUUUCUUCGAAAAGACAUAGGGCUCGUAUUAUUUAUUUAUUUUUAGAUUUAUCAUGCGCGUGCGCGAGAGUGUAUAGAAUUGAGAAUGGUUGUGAAAAUAAAUUAUGCGUGUAGAAAUGCAUGAAAGAUAGAGUGAAUGAGAUUACAAUGUAUCGUCGAUUGCGAGCACGUUCUUUUGACUGGCUGUGACAGAUCAUUUUAUUCGUAGUCGUCAGAUUCAAAAUUUCAAGGUGAUAAAUACAAUUUUAAUUGAUCGUUGGGCUGUCUCAUGUACGAGUUAUUUACUUAGCUAGUAGAUCAGAUAGAGACUGCAAUUGAUUUAUUGUUUAUGUAUAUAAUGGUUUUCAUGCAUGUAUUUUGUCUUCUUAUGCAGAAUGAAUUUUUACCUUUUUCUCUCUCGAUGGCCCAACAUUGUUUCAAAUAGUAAUUGGCGCUCAUAAUCUAAUAUUGUCGUUAAUGUUUUCUGUUAUUUGGCUCGGCUGAGAACGCUGACAUAUUUUAUACUUGGUAAACUAGAAGAGAGCAAGAUUGGCGAUCUGAUCGGGCGACACCUGAAUUGUACAUAGGUGCGAUUAAUUAACAAAUAAACGACGGAGGCAGACCACAAACAAAAAUAAAAAACGCCAGAGUAUUUUCGCGUUCUUUACUGUAUCUAGCCGUUGACGUAGUUCUCAGAUAACGAUUGCACGUGUGCAUAUCUGCGAAAUGAAUUAAAUA